CCUCAGGGUAUUCGAAGAGGAUGAGGAGCUCGAGGGUUUCAGGCGAGAGGCGGCAGUCCUGCGUGAGAAGCUGUGGGAGGCUCUCAGGUAGGAUGGCACCUGGGAAGGAUGGCAGAACGGCACGUGGGAUUCCUGCUGCUUCUGACCAGCGAUGAGCCGGAGCAUGAGAUCCCAAAAUGCACGUAUAUCGUACCAAAAUGCUGGCCACAAACGUAUUCACAGAUGAGAGGAUGGGGCCAACAGGUGCCCAUUCAUACAUCUGGUAACAAAAGGCAGUCCAGUUCUUUGAUCGACCUCACCUCGGACAGCUCGUGGGAUCAGCAAAAGCCUCACUUGGUUUCUUCAGGCCCCAAAUCCCGCUUGAGGCCAAAAAGUGCUUCAUCUCCCUGGAUCCCUUCCAUCACCAUCCCUAAGCCCUUUGAAAUGACGCUGCGGGAGGCUCGCAAAAAGUCCCAGCUGAUGAAGUCAUACAUGUUUCUUGAACUAGAUAAGCAGAGAGACAAAAGGCAAAGCCAGGAUGAAGCUGAAUGUCAGAAACAAUUCCGGGCACAGCCUGUACCUGCCCACGUGUUUCUGCCCCUUUAUCAGGAAAUAAUGGAGCAGAAUGAGAUUCGCAGGCAAAUAGCAACACAGAAAAGAAGGGAGCUGCUGCUUUCAACCCAGAGGCCCUUCAGUUUCCUGGAGAAGGAGGAGAAAAAGAAAGAAGCUAUGAGACAGAAGUUCCUGGCAGCAGCAACUCCAAAUGAGAGCUCCAACCAGAAGCAAGCCAGUAAAAAAGUUCCUAAAUCUACUUACAACCCACUUCUUGGAGAUAAACUCAAAGAAGCUGAACUCUACAGAGAAAUCCGCAUUCAAAUGAGAGCCAAGGAUUUGCUUGAGAGCUCCAUAGCUCCAAUAGAUACCAGCAACUGUCGGAGAGAGCCUCACUCCCGAACUGCCACUAAGACUAAGCAGGAAAAACUUGGCUUCUUGCAGGACACAAGUUUCAGCUUCAAACCAAGGAUUAAUCCAACAAUACCUGAUUUUGAAGGACUUUACUGGGCAUUUCAGAGGGAAGCAGUACGGAGACAAGAAAUCAGAGAGGCAACGCGCAAUAAGCCAUUCAAGCUAAGAACCUCCAAUCUCCGUGGCAGGCAGAGGCAGGCCAAUGAGAAGAUAAAGGAUUCUCAGCAACUUUCCAAGGUUUCAGUGCAAAAAAGCAAUUCUCUGACUGGACUUUCCUCUCUCUCUUCCAACACCCUUCCAGUGCAUAUUACAGAUGCCACUAGAAAAAGGGAAUCCGCUAUUAGAUCCUCCCAAGAUAACAAAAAGGAAGGGGACAAAGAAGGAAUUUAUUGGCGAGAGAAACAGAAAAAGAAAUGUCAAGCUAUCCAAAAGUCAGUGAACAGCCGAGCAAAAGCCCUGGAUCCGCAUAAAAGUCUGGAGGAAACACACAAAGAGAAGGUGAAACAGAACUGGCAAAAUAUGAGACAGAGGGCAAAAGAAUACAGAAAGGAGCUGGAAGAAAUGCAGCUGCGAGUCAAGAACAGACCAUACCUCUUUGAACAGGUCACCAAGCAUGAUGCUCGUCAAGGAGCAGAGCGUCGCUACAGACAAACUCUCCAGCAGGUUGGGCUAAGUGAAGAAUUUGUAAGGAAAAAAGGGAAAGCUGCUACUGACUUGUUGGGAGAAGAAUCUGAUGUUCACAGAGUGCCCAAGCCUCGGGGUGAAAGGAACGACUGUACUGCACAGGAAGGAGAACCUCAAGAGGAACUGAGUGGAAAGGAAACAGCAACGUGAGAUUCAGCAGAAGAAUCUGUCGAUCGUCUUGACUUUUUCAAUUCAAGAUUCUCCACGUUAAUCCUCAGGAAUUUACUGGUUUAGGCUGACACCUAAGAAUUGCUCUGGGGUAAGUGAAGUUAGUCAAGGAAAAAAAGACCAACUGUUACUUGGAGCGUGUCUUCUCCAAUCCAGCAAAUACUGCAAUCUCCCUUAGUCUUCACAAGCAUUCCCUAUGUGAGCCACUUCCCUUUCUUUAACAGGAAACAAGUUUUAAAAGCUGAAGCACUACCUUUGGAUAAAAGUAGACAUGAAAGACUGAAGAGGUGCAUCCUCUAGUGUCAGCUCCUUUGUUCAAACACAGAAAGGGGAGAAUGCCUUUCAGCGUACUAACCUUGGUUUAGACAUGUAUGUGGCAGAAUACUUUAAAAAAAAAAAAAAAAGAAUAUGACCUACCUUGAGAGAAGACUCAGAGGGAAAUCCUUCUCUGGUGUUAAGUCUUCGGUCACUCAUUACAAACUCUGCUCCUUCCUCCCAUUAGGAAGAAGCAAUAAUCUUUCUAUACUAGAGUAUCUCCCAUAUUUCAUUGUUAGAAACUGUUUUACCAAAGAUGGACUUUGGUGGAAGAGAGAUUAGGUACUUCCUGUUGGCAUGUUGCACUCAAAUGCCUGAGGCAUCCUGAAUGGUACAGUUCACACACUAGUGGUCUUCCUUUACCUGACAGUAAUAAAGAUCUUAAAAAUACAAACACUUACCACCCGGAAUGUUUUCUGAGAAUUGUGGUAUCAAAGCACUUUGAGAUUAAAAGAUUUUCAAACGGC